AUGGCUGCGCAGCAGCCAGUGCAGGUGCUGGAGCUCUACAGCGGAAUUGGGGGCAUGCACUGCGGCCUCCUGCAUGCCCAGAAACUGAGGCUCUUCAGGUCCAGACACAAUUUGAAGCUCAACUGCUGCUGCUGCGGGGCCCCGCUGCCGGCCCCGGCUCCGAACACCAGCCCCAGAAGGGGCUCUGCGAAGAAAGCAGCAGCAGCAACAGCAGCAGCAGCAGCGGGCUGCUGCUGCCUCAAGGGCAUUCCUGCCCCAGGCAGCAGCGGCUCUGCGCCGCUGGACUGCUACGAAGGACUCACUGCCCACAACAUCCCUCUUGACGGCAGCAGCUACUGCGUGCAUCCCCUGCUAGACGAACAGCCCCACACAGCAGCAGCAGCAGCAGCAGCAGCAGCAGCCCAAGCUGCUGCACCGCACAGCAGCAGCAGCAGCGGGGAGCUUCCCUUCCAGCUGGUUGCGGCCGUGGACAUCAGCGACUCCGCAUGCGCUGUGUACCGCGGGAACUUCUGCCGCUUGCCGCAGCAGCAGCAGCAGCAGCGGCCGGAGCACCAAGCUGCUGCUGCUGCUGCUGCUGCUGAGGGGGCCCUCCCCAAGUGCCUCAGCGCAGACAUUGGCCGGCUGCCCCU